CGUAUAUAUUGACUGCCAUCGUCGCUCGUGUCAGUUCGAACCAACAUGCUUCUCCACUAUUGUGUCUUCAUUUUUAUCCUUACGAAACUUGGUUGUUUCGGAGCACAAUGGCAGAUUCUGGAAGAUUUCAAACAAAAUGUAAGGAAAUACUUCAGAACAGGACAGGAUGUGAACAAAGUAAUUGACGACUUCAUCGCCAAGAAGAAGUACGAGUCCUUGGACUUCCUCUACAACAUCGAGCACACGCCGUACCUCGAGCGAAGUGAGCUGCGGCCAUUUUGUACCCAGGUCCACCUCCACCUCGAAGGUCUUCUGUAUUCCUUCAAAUCUGAUGUGGUGAAACUUGAGACUCCACUGCUCAACAUCAGGGUCGAAAUAGAGGACAGGCUGUCCGAUAUCAUCGCCUCGACGGACGUUUACCAGAAGUUGGCAGAUAACAAACAUCAACAAUGUCGGCCAGGGAACUACGUCUGCGAGGAACAGAUCAUCCACUGGCUGAAGGAGAAGGUGGAGAAGAUUCAGUGCAGGGUCGUCGCCAACUGCUGGCAGCUGGAGAGGAACCACUCUAUUGCUAGGAGGUCCGUCUCCGAUUGUGAAGAAUUCCAAUGCAAAAAUGGCGAAUGCAUACCAUUUGAUGACGUAUGCAAUGGUGAAAAAAACUGCACAGACGGUAGCGACGAAACCCCAGAGUGUUCAAGGUACUGCUUCAACGGCUUCCAUUGCCGGGACCUCCGCUGCAUCAACAAGACGCAGAUUUGCGACGGUACUUCAGACUGCGGCGAUGGUUCUGACGAAGAGUCUUGCAAAACGGCGGAAGUAGUAUACAGCGCUGACAACUGCAGCCUCGAGACCGGGAACUUCCUGUGCGGCAACAAGCGCUGCGUGCCGUUGAAGGAGGUCUGCGACAAGGAGGACGACUGCGGCGACUACUCGGACGAGAGCCGGCUGUGCGAGAUGAAGCGGCGGUGCGCGGGGGGCUGCACGGCGAGCGGGGGGGUGUGCCUGGUCGGUCCCAAGGGACCGCUCUGCCUCAGCCAGUGCCCGGAGGGGACCGAGGACGACUUCGGGACCUGUCGGCCGGGACCGCAGCGGUCCCUCGACAGCCUCGACGGCCUCUUCGAGCGGGUCCCGUACCUCUUCGAGCGCUACGUCGGCGCCCUGGCGCUCCUCAAGAAGCAGCUCAUCUCCGAUCUGGAGAAGGCCUUCCUCUCCUGCCAGGCGUCUCUCACCGAAGUCAGGUCGUUCAGGGAUAUCAGGCAUCCUAGAUAUAUUUCACAGGUCUCUCAUUGAGGUGAGGUCACUCAGAGAUUUAAUAUAUCAGAGAAAAUAAUAUCUAUAUCUAUUGUAUUGAAAUAAAGUAUUAUGUAUUUCGUUGAUUGUUCAGAACGCCUAUUUUUAUUUAAUAAAAACAUUUCC